AUGAUGGAUGCCAGCGUGAAACAGCAUUAUUUGGCCGAUUCUCCACCCAGCGUGGUUCGUUUGGAGAUCAAGUCGCAUUUUGACACUUUGAAAGAUGAAAGUCUUCGUCGCUAUGCCCAUUACAUGAGCAGAGCCGCGUUCGAGGGCACUCGUGUUACCUUGCGCCAAGUCUCUCCCGAGUCAGAGCCGAUCUAUGAUCUGAUUCUUGCUCUCCACCGAGCUUGCAAUGGAGACUGGAAGAGCCUGGCACAAAAGACUCAGGUCAGCGAUGAGGAUCUUCGGUAUUUCCUCGAAUACGCUGCGCAGUUUCUGGGUAACUGCGGUAACUACAAGGGCUUUGGCGACUCCAAGUUCAUCCCCCGCAUCCCCGCAUCUGCCCUUGAAGCUUUGUCGUCAAGCACCUCAGAAACCAAGGAGGCUUUCCAAAAGGCCAACAGCACUGGUGGUGGUAUCUACGAGACUAAUGAACAGUCCUUGAUGCACCUGGGCUACCCUACUGAUGGGCACAUGACCACUUACUACCCAGACUCGCCCACGAUCACCAAGGACGAGAUCACGGCCAUCGGAGACUUGAUGGAAAAGAAGGGGCUGGCCUUGGAAAAUACGAGGAUUCGAAAGACCCCCUCCGGUGACUUUGAGCUCCUGAUCGCCUCGGGCGUUGCCAAUCCUCCGGUGAAAGACCGCGACCUUGGCGAGACGGACACUUUUGAGCUGGAUGGCGCCCUCAAGGGCAAGACACUGCGCCUGCUCUUUGGAGACUACAAGGAGGAAAUGGCCAAGAUCGCACACAACAUCAAGCUGGCCGAGAAGAAUGCUGCAAACGACAACCAGAAGAAGAUGCUUGAUGCGUAUGCUCUCUCAUUCGGCGCUGGCUCGAUCGAGGCGUUCAAGGAGAGCCAACGUAUCUGGGUGAAGGACCAGAAGCCUGCCUUAGAGACGAAUCUUGGAUUCGUCGAGACUUAUCGUGAUCCCCACGGUGUUCGCGGAGAAUGGGAAGGAUUUGUGGCUCUGGUAAACCUCGAGCGCACUCGUGCUUUUGGCGCUCUAGUUGACAGUGCGGAGAGCAUGAUCCCCAAGCUGCCUUGGGGUAAGGACUUCGAGAAGGACAAGUUCCUCAGCCCUGACUUCACCUCUCUGGAGGUUUUGAGCUUCGCAUGCUCAGGCCUGCCUGCCGGUAUCAAUCUUCCCAACUACGACGAUAUCCGUCAGAACCUGGGCUUCAAGAACGUCUCUCUCGGCAACGUGCUGAGUGCAAAGGCUCCCAAUGAGCCCAUUCCUUUCAUUGCCGAGAAGGACCAGGAAGUCUUCCGCCGGUGUCGUGAUCCGGCCUUCGAGGUUCAAGUCGGCAUCCAUGAGCUUCUCGGCCAUGGGACCGGCAAGCUUCUUCAGGAGACUGCACCUGGUGAGUAUAACUUUGACAUUGCGAACCCACCCAUCAGCCCCGUUACCGGUAAGCCUGUGUCGACCUGGUACAAGCCCGGCCAGACAUGGAGCUCGGUUUUUGGCGCCAUCGCCUCUUCCUAUGAGGAGUGCCGCGCCGAGUGUGUUGCCAUGGUUUUGGGCUGUGACUUUGAGAUUCUCAAGAUCUUUGGCUUUGGCAACGGCACAGAGGAUAUGGCUGGCGAGGCCGGGGAUGUCCUCUACGCUGCUUAUCUCCAAAUGGCUCGCGCUGGUCUGGUUGCUCUGGAGUUCUGGGACCCAAAGACUCAGAAGUGGGGCCAGGCUCACAUGCAGGCCCGGUACAGCAUUUUGCGGACAUUCCUCGGUGCUGGAGAUGACUUUGUGAAGUUGUCCUACACCAAGGAGGAUCUCUCCGACCUGGAGAUUCAUCUCGAUCGCUCCAAGAUCUUGAGCCACGGCCGGCCUGCUGUUGCCCAAUACCUGCAGAAGCUGCAUGUCUACAAGAGCACUGCAGAUAUUGAGGCUGGCAAGGGCAUGUAUGAUGAGAUCACUUCUGUGGAUAGCUGGUGGGGCUCGCAGGUGAGGGAGGUUGUUCUGAAGAACAAAGUUCCCCGUAAGGUCUUUGUGCAGGCCAACACUAUUUUGGAGGGAGACAAGGUGACCCUGAAAGAUCCACAACCCAGGCAAUCUUCAAUCACGGCGUGCCCGCCCUCCCCAACGGACUCCCUCGUGGAGGAAGAAAGCUACUUUACUCCGCCGCCGCACCCGCUGUCUCAAGCCUCUGCCUCUAGCUCCGCCUGCAUCAGCCCUCCACCGUUCUCCUCACUCUUUGCCGCGACCGAUUCAACCCAUCCUGAAUUCACCGAGUCUUCUGCUUCCGCUCAAGCUCUAGCCCUUGCGCAGACAUCACUCGUAGAGGACUCAAUCUCGUCGGUCCCAUCGUCGGCCGUCGUCGCAGACACCAAAGCAUCCUUCUCCGAACCAAAGAAGGACGGGCUUGGCAAGAAUACCGACGACGGGGAACCGCCGCCGCCAUACACAGAGGGUUACAGUCCACUUCAAUCAUUUACAUACGUGAUGGCUGCUGCCGGAGGCGCAUCAAGCAUCAUCACCCAGGUCCAGCAGACUGGGGGACCACCAGUGAACACACUAGGAGGCCUCGGUGAGACAGACAUCGGCGGUGAUGAGCACAUCACUUUGGACCUCCGUGGCACUCGAUUUACACUGUCCCGGGAUGAGCUGCUGACCCUACCGGAGUUUGUCUUGCUCUCUUUGUUCCCAAAUGGCCUUCUUCCGGACGGGCAUAUGGGUGGGUUCCAUGAAGGCGACAUUUACCCUGUUGACUAUGAUCCUACCUCCCUUCAAUUCAUGCUGGAUUUCUUCCGGGGGGUUGCGCAUUCGAUCCCGUCGUCCUUGCCCUCUGGGUCGACUUCCCCCGACCUCGACACCGCCGAGGCUGUGCACAACCCAGCUCGAGAGAUGCUCCAAGACCGUGCUGGGAUCAUUGUCCUGCGGGAGGACCUGGACUUCUACGUGAUCCCUCCACGCGCAGACAUUGGCCAUGAAGAAAUGCUGGAGGUCAAGCGCGCAGCCGGUCGCUCCUUGCUGAAGCAGAAUGGUAUUUUCUCCGGUCUGCGAAAGAGUGAGGAGGUAGGCUCGACUGAGCAGCAUCUAAUUGAGAUGCUUACAGCUGGUGGCUUCGAUCGAGACGACACUUGGGGCCAUCGUGCCCCGGAACCCAACAAGGCAGUCAUCUGCAGCCUGGCGUUGGCCAAACUUCGCACCGAUAUUCGUGGUGACAUUGCCGGCAGCAAUGCCGUUGGCAUGGCCCAGAAGCUUCUGCUGUUCUGGCGCAAGCCCGCUCGCCGCUGCUGGUGGGAAGGUGUGGACCUGGACGAUGUUGAGGGGGUGGAUGGGCAGGUCAAGGUCUGGAUCCGUAGGGUGUGGACUUUGGAAAUGAGUGUUAUCGGUCUGCGAUGA